AAAGACAAACCAUGGGUCAGCCGGCCUAUGAGAAACUGCCUCGUCCUCUCCGUGUCCUUCACCUUCGUCUACACGGCCUACUUGGCCAUCCAGAACCUGCAGAGCAGCUUGAACCAGGAGGCCAACCUCGGCGUCGUGUCCCUAUCUGUACUCUACGGCACCAUCAUCAUCUUCGGGACACAGGCCCCCAUCUUCAUCAAGUUCAUCGGCGCCAAGCGCGUGCUGGUCCUGGCGUGGGUCAUACACAUCAUCUACACAGCCAGCAACUUCUACCCGACCUUCGCGACACUGAUCCCGUCAUCAGCCCUUCUCGGGGCCAUCGCUGGGCCCAUGUGGACGUCCCAGGGAAUCUACAUCACGGCCGCGGGGGAGAAGUACGCGGCCUUGCAGGGCGUGUCGUCGGAGGGGGCGCUGCACGCCAUUCUCAGCAAGUUCAACGGAAUUUUUUUCAUGUUUUACGAGAUAACACAGAUCACCGGCAACAUGAUCUCGUCUUUCGUGCUUUCGGCCAGCUCUUACAACACAUCCUCUGGCGUGGACCACAGAAUCUGUGGGCCAAAUGAUUGUCCCUUUGUGUGAGUUGAUUUUUUUGGUGAUAACUGUAAUUAAUAAUUUCAUUGACAUUUAAGAAUGGGGACCAUGGCGGGGUGCGUGGAGGGCCAUAUAGUAAGUUGAUUAUUUGGUGACAUGUGAUAUAAUUUGUCACAAAGUCAGUUCUAUUCUUCAAUUGAGUUACUGGGUGGGAUGGAUGGGUCUGUUACCUGCCCCUAUGGCCACUUUGUUUUCAUAUUUCCAUGAUGAAGCACAUCUAAAAAUUCUGAUGACAAACCAUUCUAAAAAUAAGUGUAGGCUAAGUUAUGCUAGCGCCGAUUUGCCUUGCAAUUUACACUCAUGCACAUUCAAUGUACUUGUUAUUUUAUCCAAGUCUCAACAAAUUCCACAAAUAUUUCAAAACAUUGACAGGCCAUUGACAAGAGAUUGACAAGCCAUUGACAAGAGAUUGACAGGCCAUUGACAAGAGAUUGACAGGCCAUUGACAAGACAUUGACAGGCCUUUGACAGUACAUUAACAUGCCUUUUACAGGACAUUGACAGGACAUUGAAAUGACAUUACGAUCUUAAUCUUGGUUCUCUUGUUUCAGAUCUGCAGGAAAUGUAACUUCCAAGAUUGAAGAGCCUGAACGCCAUGUUGUGUACAUUCUCCUGGCCAUCUUUCUCUCCUGCAACAUCUGCGGCCUUCUCCUCACGCUCUUCGGCCUGCCCCACCACACGGAGGUCCGCGGAGAGUCAACCUCCGUUUUCAAGGACAUGGCCAGCUGCUUCAAGAUGUCCGUGGAUAAACGGAUGCUGUUGUUACUUCCCCUGUUCAUGGCUCAGGCGAUGGCUGUGGGUGUUCUCUAUGCUGAUUACACAAAG